AUGCGGGCCCUUCCUUGCCUGUUCCUUCUCCUGCUGCUCCAGGAGGCCAAAGGGGACUCUGGAGAUGAUGUGGAUCCUGAGGAAGUGGUCGCUGUCCUUCAUGAAUCCACUUAUCUCCCCCUGGAAAUACCGUCCGAUGAAGAGGUCGAGGACAUCAUCUGGUCCUCCCGCAAGAGGCUUGCAACUGUGGUGCCAGAGAAAGAGGGGCAUCCCGCUACCAUCACGGUGACCGACCCACAUUACCAGGGCCGAGUGAGCUUCCUGAGGCCCAGCUACUCCCUGCACAUCAGCAAUCUGAGCUGGGAGGACUCAGGGCUUUACCAAGCUCAGGUCAACCUGGGGACAUCCCAGAUCUUUGCCACGAGGCACUACAAUCUACGUGUCUACCGAAGGCUGUCAGAACCCCAAAUCACUGUGAACUUCGAGAUCUCUGGGGAACGCACCUGUGAUAUGUCCCUGACAUGCUCCAUGGAGAAGGCAGGCAUGGAUGUGACCUACAGCUGGCUCUGCUGGGGGGACAACACUGAGACAGUACAUGAAGGCCCUGUCCUCAGCACAUCCUGGAGGCCUGGGGACAGUGCCCUCUCCUACACCUGCAGGGCCAGCAACCCUGUCAGCAAUGUCAGUUCUCGUCCUAUCCCUGCUGGCUCCUUCUGUGCAGAUCCCAGAUACCCUUCUGAGAACCCCUCAACAGCCUUCUGCCUCCUGGCCAAGGUGUUGCUCCUCCUCUUGCUCUUGGUAAUCCUGGCCGUGGGGAUCUGGAUCACCCGAGUCUGGAAAAGGGGCAAAAUGCCAAGAAUGAAGAAACUCAGGAGAAACAGAAUGAAACUGAGGAAGAAGAGGACGCCUGGCCCCAGCCCUAUCUGA